AUGAUUCACUUUGUGCUUCUCAUUAGUAGGCAGGGAAAAACACGAUUAGCAAAAUGGUACAUCCCUCUAUCACAAAAAGAAAAAGCAAAAAUAAUUCGAGAAACAUCUCAGAUAACAUUAAGUAGGACUCCAAAACUUUGUAAUUUCGUGGAAUGGCGUGAGUACAAGCUUGUGUUUAAAAGAUAUGCGAGCCUUUUUUUCAUCGCAUGCAUCGAUAAGGGAGACAAUGAAUUAAUCACGUUAGAAAUUAUCCACCAUUAUGUCGAAAUUUUAGAUAAAUAUUUUGGAAAUGUGUGUGAAUUGGAUUUGAUUUUUAACUUCCACAAGGCCUACUACUUAUUAGAUGAAAUUUUAGUCACAGGUGAAUUACAAGAAAGUAGCAAAAAAAAUAUUCUGAGAGUCGUGGCAGCUCAAGAUUCCCUCAUGGAAGAUAGCAAGAGUAGUAAGAAAUUGGGAUCCCUUAUUUAG